UAUCUCAAAGAAAUCCUCAGGAGAUUGCAUACAUACGCCACACAAAGAUGAAUAAAACGAAUUUAUCCAAAUCGUUUAGUGGAAUUGUAUCAUCUGUUAAUGGGGAGUCAAUACAAUGUGUUAAAGCUGCUGUGUUUGUUAUGCAUAAAAAUCAACAAUUUAAAGGUUCAAACAAUAGUAAAAAAAUAUUCAUGAGUUCUCCAACUAUCUGGGAGGAGUUGGAAGUGCAACUGUUGAAUUUUCGCAUGGCUUCAUCCACCAAAAAUAAUUAUCCUGCCUUCAAUUCUUCUUUUUCAUCAACUUUAUCGCUACAGCAACAAUUUUAGUUGAUAUCGUCAAUACCGAACUAUCAUAAAUGGUCUUGGUACUUAGAAAAAAAUAAUGAUGUAAGAUUGGAACAAAAGUUUUCCCAUUCUUGUCGACGUUUUCCUGGUUCACCUAGAAAUAGGAUAAUUUAAGCUGUGAAGUACAAAUUGGAUUCUCAACUGAUUGUAUAUUGUAUUAUCACAACCUUGCAUUCUGAAUUCUCUGAAAUACAAUAUAAAGCUAUAAAAUCCCAUCAUAGCCAAGUGAAAAAAAAAGAACAAAUAAGAGAAAGCAUGAUCAUGUAGCAGUUAAUCUAAAAGACAACGAUGAUGAUGGUGAUGUAAAUGAUGAUGAAAAUAUGGCAGAGGAAAUAAUUAACAAUGAUUCAACUCCUGUGUUCCGUUCAACUCGUAAGGAGUCUAUUUACAGAUUCUUUUGUGGUGAAAUUUUCACGAAAGGUGUUCGUAAGUGGAGAAUAAAAACGGCAGCUCAGCAAACAGUCAUCAUGAAUGAUUAUGAUAGUGAAACAGGAAAUUUUCUGGCGUAUUCCUUUGUUCAUGUUUCAAUAUCAAUGCUUGGUACUAAGCAGGCUGAUCAUUGUACCUGUAAAAUAUUCUCAACCUGCCAGACGGAGAAUGCUCCAACAUGCUGUCACUGCCGUUUAUUGAAUGAGUUAUUACAAUUCAAUACGUCCAAUGUUCUUCCACCACACAUAAGUAAAGAGAGUAUCGAAGAAAGUAUGUAUUACUGUGUAGAACCAGUAAUUCCCUUGAAAGCAAAAGUCGGUGUCAAGAGAUUUUCUAUUGCGGCGGAUGGUGUUGCAGAGAUUGUAUCCAUCUUUACAGUAGAAAACACGUCUCGGAAGGUGGUGCAAUGUAAUUCGUCUGUGCGCAACAUGAGAAAAGGAAGUAAACGAGAAAUUAAAUCGUUGGAAGAUAGUUCAGAAUUGUGCGUCCACCUAGCAACAUUUAGAAAGUUCUAAUAUAUAUCUACUUACAAGAUAAAAAAGUACUAUAUUCUAUUUUCUUUGUUUGCUAAUGAAAGUACUUGCGUAAAUGCUUCUUUUCAGUUAUUGAAAGGGGGAGUGAAUUGAUAACAAAAGCAUAUUUUUGCUAAAAUUUUGAAUACAAUAUUUUUUUUUCUCCAGUGGGAAAAUGUAUUCGAUGUCUGGAUUGUGGGCUUUUGGAAAGAGAUCGCCAAGUACACAAGUAGUCGAUAGAAAUCAAUAUAAUGAAAAAUUGAGAGAAUGUAUUGCAAAGCGGGACGAUAUCAAGGAAGAAGAUGUGUUGAUGUUUAAGCCUGGUAUUCCGUCUGGGACCUGUGAUUGUAAGGUUGGUAUAUAUAAUUUUGUUCUAUAUCUUGAGGACGGUCAAGUCCAUUAGAACUGUUACAAUAUAUUCAUUUAUCAACUGUUAAGUCUUAAUUUUAAUAUAAUUCAGGUUGGCUGGAUAUCGAUUCAAAAACCAGAUGGUAUUUGGAGGUGGUGGGUAACACGACAUUAUAUUUGGAGCGAGGUGUCGUCGGUGCAGAGAUAGGAAAAUACCAAUGUUAGGACAGAUCCCCUUAGCAGUUUCCCAUCCCACGUCAAUUUAUAGAUCAUCCCCGUCAAAUCAACGAUAGAAGAGUCCAUAAAAUCCAUGUGCACUUUACCACUUUACGUCAAAUAAGCGGGCAUGCUCUAUAAUAUCUGUCCAAAACCCCCUUCCCGGCCGCGUCCCCCUGGCCCUCAUCCCCGUCCCCUGGGCCCCACCCACCCUCAUCUGUCGUCUCCUAUAAUUUAUAGUGUUAUGUGUUAUGUGUUAUGUGUUAUGUGUUAUGUGUGUCUAUAAUGUCCUCUAGCCAGUGUGGUAAUACCAUCUUCCAUAAUUAUACGCUUAUCAUCAUCAGCAUUGAGAGCGAGUUUGUUUGUUUUUAUGGUAUGGACAUCAUGCUUAAUCGAUCGAAAGGUCAUCUGUUCCCUGUAAACAUUUUCACCCUGGAACAGACAUCUCUUAUAAUCAUCGAAACCUAUGGUCUUCCUUACCACACACUUCUUGACCCCCUUGCACCUCUUAUCCUCCCUACCACAUAGCUGUUUGUAAGCGUAGGUCUUCGCUCUUAGGGCGACAAACUCCGUCAUUACCUUGCCACCUAACUCGUCCUUCAUCAGCCCAAUGAUCUUUUUAUUCAAACCUAAUGGUAGAGGUCUACCAUCUUCCUCAUCGUACCCAGAUGUGUCAAAUCUCAAAGCUAUAUCGUCGGCGAUAUCUUUGUAAAAGUCGUCGGUUUUUAUGUGGUAGACGAAUGAAUCCGUAUCCAUGUAGCAAAGCUUUACAUCCACACCAUAUUUUGGUCUCAUGUAAUCAUAGUGGAACUCAUACAUAACCAUCUUGGACAAGUCGAGAAUUGCCAGCCCCAGGUAGAUUGGCAUAUUCAUUUUGAUCUUGAUCUUGGACAUCUCUAUGCCCAUCAGUGUUUCCGAGAACCACGUGCUACCCUUGAAGUUGGGCUUCAUCACCAUUUUCUCAUAAUUCUUUUGGUUGGUGGUCAAACGUAUAUCCUUCUGCCUUCGCUGAUUCUCCAUUGUCUUCCCAAAGACCGAAUUAUUCAUCAGCUUGAAAAAGUCCUUUUCGAAGUCAUUAGUUGAUUUGGUACGCAAAUCAGUGUUGAAAUCUAUGUACGACUUCAACCACGCACUCUGAUCAAAUCUCAAGACCCUAUGAACCUUCUCAAGAACAAGACCAUGCUUCAACGCUUGAUCAAGCGCACGGAUAUGAGUGAUAUAUUUCUUCUUGUCUGAAAGACACGGUGUCAGCUUCUCCACGCCAUUAAUGAUCUUCCUCUCGGGCAUGAAAGGAAGGUCGUUAUGAGAAUCAUGAAGCUCCCGUGGAUAGCUAACAUCAACCUCAAGGAUGUACCCCUUUUCACCGUUUUCCACAGCUAAUUGUGAAAUCAGUUCGGGUGUAAAAUCAGAAACCACGUCAUCAACCCACUCAAACCCUCCGGUCGGCAUCUUCUGAAUUAUGGCCCAGCCGUACAAAUUAUUUGCAUCUAGGUACUGGAGAUAGCUAUUCAUCUCCUUACUCUCAGAUGUGUUGGCUUUGGUGGUAUAUUGUUUUUCCUCUUUCGGUACAGACGGUCCCCAACAUACCUUUUCAUAAAAACCCAUGAUCUUAUCCUUCACGGCUCUGUAAGCUUUACUAGUUUUCACCUUGAUGACCCUAGGUACAUGUUUCAUCAACCAGUACCUCAAUUCAAUCAAUUUUCUUUUUACAAAAGGCACGGUUUUAGCCAUUUCCUGCUGCUCAAAUAAAUCCAUGCAAUUCCCAUCCGAUGUGUUGUACUCGUCCCCCAUAUACUUAUUGUUGGCCUUGGCGUAGCGGUGGACAGCCUGACACAAUCCACCCCUAAUACCACUCUCAAUGAACAUGACCAUCUCCAUAUCCGACAAUAAAUCUAGACUAACCUUGGUCUUUUUCAAACACGCCCUCCAGGCUAAUCCCGGAGCAGUGUAAAAGUGAGCC